AUGGCCCCCAGUGUCUCGAUCCUGCAGGCGAAUGGCGCUCCGGCCGUAACGCCGGACCGUCCUUUGCCGGGAGAGGGUCCACGGUGGAAGGUGUCCACCCUGGACCCAGAGCUGGCCAAGGAGGCGGCCAUUGUGGAGAGGUGGGGCGCCAAUGGCACGUUAGACGGCCUGGACACAGACGCGAGGUGCGAGCGGCUAGCUGGAGCACUAACUCGCGUCUGCGACGCGGCGAUGCGACGCGCAGGUCCGGCCCUCCCGCGAACGCGGGUGUACUGGUGGAGACCUCACCUGGCCGGUCUUCGUACGGCUUGCCAGGUGGCACGCCGCACGUACACCCGCAGCCGCAGAAGAAGCAGGAGGGACCUGGACCAAGAGGCGCUGCUGCUCGCCGCGUACCGGGCCGCUCGUGCGGCGCUGACCUAG